AUGCUGAUGCUGAUGCUGGUAGCGGUGCAGUGCAGCUCGGGUCCUGGAAAUUCCGUUCUAAGUGGUUCAAUACCGCAAGGUGCGUUACACUGGUCUCGAAGUGUGCUUGACGUGGGAUCGAUCGUUACAGUGACUGGCAAGUCUUGUCGACACAGCGACGAGUAUGGUUGA